ACAUUCUCUUGUUCUGUGCGAUGUGUGGCGAUGUGCGAUGAAAUCUUUACAUUAUUUUUUCCUAUCGCUUUACCAAGAUAAGAAUUUUCAAUAAAUAAUAGGAAGUGAUUACGAUAAACUAAGUGUUAAAGAAGAUUCAGAACACCGAGAAUAAUCUCUCUGCGAAAAGAGGUUGAAAUUACUGGUAUCCCAGAAGACUUCAUAUUCAGAUACGGAAGAACGGCUGCAGCAAUGCUGAAGCCUGUACUCUUUUUGACGACCCUCUUCUGGGUCGGAUCUGCCCUGAAUGGUGAGCUGGUGGAACAAGAAUGCCCGGUCGACUGUCACUGUCACUAUUUUCGAAUCAACUGGGUGACAGAUUGCUCGGAAAGCAACCUCACCAGCAUCCCUUACGACGAGCUCAGUUCCAACGUUUACAUUCUGGACAUGAACGGCAAUAACAUUGCUCACGUGGGCCCUUUUCCCCGAGACAUCAAACUUCGAAGGCUUCAAAUGGCCCACAAUUAUUUGACGCAGCUUUCUUACGAAUCAUUCGCUGGAUUGGUCUACCUUCUCGAUGCGGAUUUCUCAUACAACAGAAUCAAGAAGAUAGAUCCAGAAGCUUUUAGAGACAGUCCAGGAAUGAUAACGCUGGAGCUUCAGCACAAUCCCUUGGAGGAGGUGGAGGGUCACUUUUUGAACUGUCGAACCUUGCUUCACCUGGAUCUCAAUACAUGCGGAAUCCAUCGAUUAAAUGAUCGUUUUUUCCACAAUACCACGAAUCUGAAUAAGCUCGACCUUUCAAACAACCCCCUGCAGAGAAUUGAACCAGGUCCCUUUGACCACCUAACAAACCUGGAAUAUUUGAAGCUGAACAGUUGCAACCUGACCUACAUUUCCCCAGAAGCCUUCUCCCAAUUGGAGAACCUUCGAGAGCUUGAAAUGGCCGACAAUGACCUAAAGAGUAUCAGUUGGACGAGCAUUCUGGCUCCCCUGGUGCGUCUAGAACACUUGGACAUUAGUCAUACUGGAAUAACUAAUCUGCCAGGUGACGCCUUCGCCAAAAACUUGUACCUCCGCAACCUGGUGCUCGCCCACAACGAGCUCACACAUCUGGACGUCGGCAAUACCCUAGGACACAAUCUUCACAGCCUCCAGUCUCUGGACCUCUCCAACUGUAACCUGAAAGAUCAGCUUGGAGAGGAAGCUUUCAGAAAUGCCAGUAAGUUACGAGUUCUCAAUCUCAAUGGAAAUCCAACGUUUGCUGGAAACUUGACAGAAGUUCUGCGCCAUCUGCCAACAUUGCACAAACUGUCUUUGAGCAACUGUAGCCUCGAACAGCUCCCGAACGCAUUCGAUGUUUUAGAGAAUCUGGAGGAACUCGAUGUCUCCCACAAUCCCUUGUCAGACGCUUUUGUUAGAUUGAAUCCUCUCAAAUCGCUGGAGUUCCUAGACAUGUCUUACUGCAAUUUAGGCCACGUAGGGAACAAUACCUUCGCUCAGACGACCUCUCUCAAGAAGCUCGUUCUCUCGGGAAACAAACUCCAUAAUCUUGAACAAGGUCUCUUCGCCAACUUGACUCGUCUCGAGUCCUUGGAACUGAAGAACUGUGACCUCAAAAAUCCCGUUGAUCCGAAGGUCUUUGGCGAUCGAGUCUUGAUGGACAUCAUCGAAUUGAAACUCAGUGGUAAUCCUCUCGUAAUUCCAGAGGACGGUCCUCUACUUCCAAAGCAACUUUCUGGCCUCGAGAUUCUCGAUUUGAGUAAUUGCAGUUUGAAGAAUCUGCAAGAGAAUGUGUUCGCGCGAACAAGAAACCUAACGCAGCUCAACCUCUCUGGAAACAAGAUAGCAGGUCCGGAUAAUCUCGCAGGUCUCAAGAAACUUGAACAACUUGAGCACCUUGACCUGAGCAAUAAUAAUCUCCAAACGAUUCAUCCCCGAGUAUUCAAAGCCAAUCCUCGACUUCUAUCUGUCAACUUGAUGAACAAUCCCUUUGUCUGCAACUGCUCAAUUGUGGACGUUUGGAACUGGGCAGUUGAGGUCAAAAGCGAUCUGAAUGUCCUUGUUGGAAGCCAGCCCUCGUACUUUGCUGCUGAUGCCGCGAAACUUCGCAAGAGUCUGUCCUGUUCUUACGAUCUGGUGACCUACCGAACCAUAAUGGAUCAGAAUCGAAGUGCAACAGAUCGCAGGCCAUUCUUGCGCAAAGGCGAUCUCACGCCGAACCGAACAUGGGCCAAGUACAUUCGCGAGUCAAGUUGCGGAAAGUCAUGAUAUACGGGGGCCAGAUUUCAAGAUCCGAUGACAAAUGCCUAUCAAGAGUCAACUGAUAGGCGCAAAGUAGAACUCUAGAUACGUUCAAUUUUAGUAUUCAGCUAUGAACGAACUGCAAGUACAAUCCGUGUUAGAUUUUAGUUUAGACUGAUAUUUUCGAGCCUGGCAGUAGGUUAAAUUAAAGAUAAUUGAGAUUAUGAUUAUGGAUAAGAUCAAUUGAGAUUAAAAUGAAGAUCAAGAUUAGGGUGGGUCGUUUAUCGUAAAAAAUUUUUCGAUCUAAUCCCGUUGCGGAAGAUCUGUGAUCCGUAUUCGAGUAUUGCCGAAAGAAGCAAGCGUAUUCAUAGAGAUUAGGAAUGGAACUUGUGCUAGCAAGGAUCAUCAGCGACAUUAUCAGUGUUGCUAUUUAAAGUCUUCUUCGAUUUUCACAUAACCACGAUCAAUUUCGCUGAAAUGAAACCUAGUUUUUGAAAAGCGAACGUCAUUUUUUGUCUGGAACAAAACAGUAACUACGAUCUGUUGUCUUAAAGAACAAAAUGUUUGCUGAAAUAGGCGGAGUCAUAGCUGAAUUCAAGAGAGCAUAUUCUAAGAGUUCGUAGAGGUUGUUAUACAUCGGAUACUGAAAUCUAGCCGUGUCACCGUACGCAAAACCAAAAAGACGCAAGAUGCAAAUUUGAAUAUUCUGUAGAAUAUUCAUGAGAAAACUUUUUUCUUUUUCAAUUGUUAUCAGAGUUUCGAGUUGUAAUUCAAUUUCCGCAAUUGUCUCAUGGACGCUUUUAUGAAUACGUAAUUACACGUGUACGUAAUUAUGGUUACUUUAAAAAUCACUCAAAGUUACGACCGUAGGUAGUUUAACGAGCAUUCGUAUUCUGAAAAUUGAAUACCCUUGAAGGCCAUUUUUUUUUUGUUCUUUGCUGUUUUCUGAACGUUUUAAUACUUAAGUUUUGAGAUAAGAAGUUGUUUUUUUUACAUAUGUUUAUUUUCCUUUCACGCCGGAUGGAUUAAGUUAUGAUUAAAUAAAUAUUCCAUCAAAAAGAAAUUUUAGGAGAGGGUUCCAUGGAACAAGUUUUGUAAGAUUUUGCGUUUUUUUUAAGCUAGAAGUUAGAACGUGGUUAUGAUCAACACUGGUGAAGAUUAGUAUGAUUUCAUUGUACCCAUCUCUGUAUAAGACUGUUUAAUAAAGGCGUCAUUUUUCUUCUUAUUUGUUUGGAGCCUUAAAA